AGGUGAAACUGUCAAUAGACACCACUUCUUAAAAAAAAAUCCUCUACAAUAAAAUACAACAAAACAAAUGAAGCGACUACGAGUGGAUGAACAUAGCAAGAAAAUGGGGCAUUGUUGUCCGCUUUUAUGCCUCACCGAAAGCACCAAGUCCACUAUUGCUUCCGGUGUUGCGAUGACAAUGUUGUCCGAAAAAUCAACAAGGACGAAAUUGUGGUCUCGGCGGAGGUCAUGUUCGAAGCUGCUUCCCGGGCCCUUACGAUUUGAUUCGUGUUUGUGUUUCGCUGCCUUCUUGCUGCUGGCGGUGGGACUCGUGUCGUUUCCAACGCUUCCAGUGGCAGAGGCAGUGCCGAGUGGAUCAAGUGGAGGUGACAUCGAAUUACUACCGGACUCAGGGAUGACCUAUUUCGAUGCUGCUGGCCUCCAACGAUGGGACAGCAACCCGCAACGUCGACGGAGAGCACGAGAACUACAACAUUUCGCCGUAGAAGGGGAACAUCCACACAAUGGAGAACACCGUCAAUUGGAAGGGGGGGCAGAUAACGAGCUAGGACGACCAGAGAUUUCCGCUUCCCCCGACUAUGGGUGUACGGUUCCCGACGGCAAAUGCACAGAGUGCACCUUCAGCGAACAGAAAACGUAUGACGCGUGCAAGGCGACCGGAAAGUGGCAAAAAUUUGAGUGCAUUCUUGUGGAAGGAGAAGGGGAAACUCGGCGAACGGAACAAGAAACACCGUUGGCGGAUCCAGCGGCGCCGAAACACGAGAUGAAAAGUUGCAAAUACACCGAGUUUGACGAAGGAUUUGCAAUGGUACGUUGUGUUGCCUUCAAUUGCACUGAUUUGAGCUACUAGCUUAAGACAGGCGAUCAUUUGGUUCGCUUUGGAUCAGUUCGAUUUCGUGCAUUGCGCAACAGGUAACCUGUUCUUCUCGUUGAGGGGUUGUGCAGUCGAUGAAACUCCUUCUGUCUCGCGAUUUUUUUCUCCGUAUGAAAAUCUGUGACUGAUGAAAAUCAAACCUCACGUUGCCUGCUCCUGUCGUAUCCCAAAAACCGCAGUUCGAACUCGAGGUUUUCUGCUUGCUGAUUGGCUGCCUGGCUUUCGUCUCCGUUAGGAAACAGAAACGACUGUCGUCGAGCAUGUUUGAUCGGCGGAAGCAGCAAGGGCCGAAGGCCAGAUCCCGUGUAGGAAAUGGCAAGAGAAUCAGUGACCACAUCCCUGGGAACGGUGACGAAAUCGAGUUUACACCCAUGACCAAUCAAGAGAAAGAAAGGGUGCCACUGAUUGACAUCGAAGCGGAGCAUAUGGAUGUUAUCUAGUUCUAGUUUCAUUCCUUUCUCAUAAAGUGCGACUGAAAAC